AUGGCUACAAACACCGGUUGGAACAAAAUGCCCCGUGAGAUCUUACUCAUUAUUACAGAUCUUUUGGAUGACUCCUCAGUUGUUAAUCUCUUCCAAACUUGUAAAGGACUCAACCAAGCCUUGCAAUCCGAGCGGGACAAGCGUGCUAGACAAGGAUUUCUCCCACCCGCAGACAGAUACAUGUAUGCCGAAUUUUCCGAAGGCGCAACUCCUGGAAUCGACCUUCCUCUCUGUGAGCUACCUAUCCCUGAACGACGUCCAUACCGCCAAUUGUCUACGAACAAGAAUAUGGGAUACAUCAUUCGCGCAAUUGUACGCCACCAAUAUGAUGCAGUUAAGUCUCUUCUUGACUUGGGUGCCAGUCCAGACUGGUACAGCCCUGACAAUGAGUAUAUACUUUCCUAUGCAGUGAAGACAGAUGAUAUUAGCAUUCUGAACCUGCUUUUGCAGCGUGCGACUGUGCAUAAACUUACCCGCGCUUUGGCUCCAUUUCGAGGGCGGCUCCCACUUCACUGCGCGCUUGCUAUGAAUAGUAUGCGACUGGCACAUGCUUUGAUCACUGCUGGAGCAGACCUUACCUGUUCCUUUGUGGUGCGCGAUAUCAUUGCAUUUGCUAACAUUGAAAUCAUCCGCUUGGCACUUCAUAACGGAAUGGUGCCUACCGUAGGCGGAGGCUUCCUUCAUCGUGUUUUAUCUCGAGGCAAUCGUGAGAUCUUUGAUGUUCUAUUUCCCGUGGUGAUUUCCAGUGGCGUAUUAAACGAGACUGAUCAUCAUGGAUGCUCCGCACUCCAUGUGGCUUUAAGCCGUCCUCGCCAUCUAAGCAAGUAUACAUCUGCAACUCUUCUUUCUGCCGGUAUUGAUCUUAACAUUGUUAAUGAUGAGGGACAAACUGCAUUGCAUAUUGCUCUAAAGAAUCAUCAAUUUGGCCUUGCUCAUGAUAUGAUCAACGCAGGAUGUCAGCUAAAUGUUGUUGAUAGGUAUACCUCGAAUGAGCUGCAUCAUGCUGUACAAGCUCAUCUGCAGCCUUCUAAAUCUCCCACCUGGAAUCAGACUGAAGCUGCGAGCCUUGUGUCACUUCUUCUGGAGAAGGGUGUACAAGUCAAUUUGCAUGGUGAUUUUGAUGGUACCGAUGGCAUUGGUAGGCCCCAUAUUGAUGCGAAUGGUUAUUUUAUAACAAUUUUCUAUACAGAGACGCCUCUGUGGUUUGCCAUUCGACAUGGUAACAAGGAUAUGGUUCAGUCUAUUCUCACUCUGGGGCCUCACCAACCAGAUCUGACUAUCCGGGAUCAAGCUGGCCAGACACCGCUUGAGUUUGCUAGGAAGAUUGGUCAACUAGAGAUCGCCCGUAUGUUGGAGUAG